AUGGACCUUGAUGGGGACUCGUUGGUAGGACGUGGUAACAAUGGCACAUACGAAGUGAUUGAUACCAUUGGUCAGGGCUCAUUUGGGACUGUUUUAAAAGCCAAAAAGCUAGAGACAGGUGAACUGGUAGCAUUGAAACGGGUUGCUAUUAAGGAUGAUCGUAAUUCUGGUUCACAUAUCGUUCGAGAAAUGAUGAUUUUGCGGAAUAUCGAUCACGAGAAUGUUGUGAGACUUCUCGAUGUCCUGAAGGAUUCAUCUGCUGUCUCAUUUGUUUUGGAACUUGCAGAAACUAACUUAAAAGCUGUGGUUGAUAACCCCUGCAUUUUCCUUAACGAAACUGUCAUAUGUGGAUAUUUCUAUCAGAUUUUGAAUGGAGUUUCAUACCUCCAUAGUAUAAGCAUUAUGCAUCGUGACCUCAAACCGGGAAAUAUUUUGGUCGCUGCAGAAGGGAUACUGAAGAUCACUGAUUUUGGCCAGUCUUGUUAUUAUCUAGAAGAUGAUAUGUCAAGGACUUAUGAAAACCAGGUGUCUUCUAGAUGGUAUCGGGCUCCAGAACUGCUUUUUGGUUCUGUCCAUUAUUCUCCAAAAAUAGAUCUGUGGUCGUGUGGUUGUAUUUUAGCUGAGUUACAUAAGCGGGGCCCUCUGUUUCGUGGAAAAAACGAUAUUGAUCAGAUCUCGUGUAUUAUCUCAGUCCUUGGUUCGCCAGGUGAAGAUAAUUGGAGAGGAUGGAGCGAACUACCUGACAGCAAUAAACUAAUUUUUGAAAAACGUUUGCCGAUUAGUGAUUGGAGUGUAUUAGUGCCAGGGGCCUCAAAGGAGGCUAAAUCUCUGCUGCAGAAACUUAUUACUUUUGAUCCGGAAGUUCGCUUCUCUGCCGCGGAAGCUUUACGCCAUGAUUUUUUUUCCGAAGUUGUUUCUGGAAGUCGUUUGGACCCACUGUACAGCUGUUGUUUUGAUAUGGAAUUUAUUCCCACAGUGGUUGAAUAUAAUGGAAAUAAUGAUCGUAGGGGAACUUUUGGUAUUUAUUGA